AUGUCCUCUUUUGCUUCGUUGUUUGAGAACUCCAACGUGGAUAAGUCCGUGGAUGACUUGUUUAGCAGUAAAGCUGAUGGACCUGUUUCUAGAGAACAAUUGGCCAAGGGAAGAACCGUUGUAGUUGUUCCUAAACGUAAGAAGGAAGAAAAACCAGAUGAUGACAAAAAGCAAGAAGAUCAAGAAGACAAUGAUGAAUCAGAAGACGAUGAAGAGGCUGAGUCGGAUGACGACGAAGAGGCCGAAUCAGAAGACGAAGAGUUAGAGGAUUCAGAAGAAGAACAGCCUAAGAAGAAAUCUAAAAAGUCUGAUGCCAAUGACGACUUGGAAGCAAGAUAUUUUGACAAGUUAUUGCAAGAUGAGUCAAAACCAGACCAAAAAGAAAAAGAAGAAGAAUCCUCUUCUUCUGAAGAGGCUGAUAAAGCUGUCUCCGAAUCUAAAUCAUCAAAACCAGCCAAGACCGUCGACUUGAAAGAAACAGAAUUAGAAAAAGCCGAAAGAACAGUCUUUGUAGGAAACGUUCCUGCUUCCGUCAUAACUUCUAAACUCAUUGCUAAACAAUUCAAGAACUUGUUUAAAGCAUAUGGUAAAGUCGAUUCUAUGAGAUUCAGAUCCAUUUCAUUUGAGGAGAACUUGCCUAGAAAAAUAUCUUUUGCAAAGAAGAAUUUACACAAAUCUCGAGAUUCGGUUAAUGCUUAUGUUGUUUUCAAAGAAAAGGGUGCAUCUAUGGAUUCUAGAAAACUUAAUGGAACCGUAUUUGAAGACCAUCAUUUGAGAGUCGAUCACGUUGCUCAUCCUGCUGCUAAGGAUACCAAGAGAUCUAUCUUUGUUGGUAAUUUAGACUUUGAAGAAAAAGAAGAUAACUUGUGGAAGUAUUUCAACAAGAAAUUAGAUAAUGAUGUUGAAUCGGUGAGAAUUAUCCGUGAUUCCAAAACUAAUUUGGGUAAGGGGUUUGCAUUGGUUCAAUUCAAGGACUCAUUAUCAGUAAAUAAAGCAUUGUUGUUGAAUGACAAGCCCAUAAAUGUUGAUGGUAAGAAUGGACGUAAGUUGCGUAUUUCUAGAGCCAAGUCACAUGCUAAACCAUCAUUGAUGUCCCCAAACCACAUUGAUAACUUAAAGAAGAAACACGCAUCAAACAAGUCCAAGCAAUUAAAUGACACCCAGAAAACCAAAUUGGGUAGAGCAAAGACCAUCUUGGGUAAAGCUGAUAGAUCUACUGUUGGUAAAUCAAAGAAGAUUAUCAUGGAAGGGGAAAGAGCUACCAAGGGAACUCGUGUUGCUGGUAUUAAGGGUUUAAAGGGUAAAGCAGGUAAAGUUAAGAAACCAAGGAUAAGAGAUAGAUCAACUAAAUUUAAGCAAGAGAGAGAAGCAUUGAGCAAGAGUACUAAAUAG